AUGGAUCUCCUGCCCCCUAAGCCCAAGUACAACCCUCUUCGGAAUGAAUCUAUAUCAUCAUUGGAAGAGGGGACUCUGGGAUCCUUAUCUCCUGGAGAACUCUCCUCUCCAUCUGCCUCUUCCCUGGGACCCAUCUUGCCCUCGAUGCUGGGGGAUGAGAGUCCUACAACCCUUUGCUCUUUUUUUCCUCGGAUGAGCAAUUUGAAGCUAGCCAACCCAACUGGGGGGCGGCUAGGGCCCUCUGAAGAGUCAGGACAGGGACCUGAGGAUAGGGAGAGAAAUGUAGGGGGCGCUGGGCUAGACUCAGGCCCUUCACCUCUUCUCCAGGACAUGAACAAACUGAGCGGCGGGCGGAGGACUCGGGUGGAAGGGGGCCAGCUGGGGGGUGAGGAGUGGACUCGGCACGGGAGCUUUGUCAACAAGCCAACUCGGGGUUGGUUGCAUCCCAACGACAAGGUCAUGGGACCUGGGGUUUCCUACCUUGUUCGGUACAUGGGUUGUGUGGAAGUGCUCCAGUCAAUGAGGGCCUUGGAUUUCAAUACUCGAACACAGGUCACCAGAGAAGCCAUCAGUCUGGUGUGUGAGGCUGUGCCAGGAGCCAAGGGGGCUUCACGGAGGAGAAAGCCCUGUAGUCGCCCGCUCAGCUCCAUACUGGGGAGGAGUAAUUUAAAGUUUGCUGGCAUGCCCAUAACCCUAACUGUUUCUACCAGUAGCCUCAACCUCAUGGCUGCAGACUGUAAACAGAUCAUUGCCAAUCACCAUAUGCAAUCAAUCUCAUUCGCAUCUGGUGGGGAUCCGGACACUGCCGAAUAUGUUGCCUAUGUUGCCAAAGAUCCUGUCAAUCAGAGAGCCUGCCACAUCCUGGAGUGUCCAGAAGGACUAGCACAGGAUGUCAUCAGCACCAUUGGCCAGGCCUUUGAGCUGCGCUUCAAACAAUACCUCAGGAACCCACCCAAGCUUGUCACUCCCCAUGACAGGAUGGCUGGUUUUGAUGGCUCAGCUUGGGAUGAGGAGGAGGAAGAUCCACCUGACCAUCAAUACUACAAUGACUUCCCAGGGAAGGAGCCCCCCCUUGGUGGGGUAGUAGACAUGAGACUUCGGGAUGGACCUGCCCCAGGGAGUCCUUGGCCACCCACACCCAGCAACCAGACCACCAACCACCUAGGAGCCACCUUGCCCGUUGGACAGCUAGCUGGUGGGGACCCUGAUAUUCGAAAACAGUUGCCAACUCCUGGACCAGGUAGAGAACUAUUUGAUGAUCCCUCCUAUGUCAAUGUCCAGAACCUGGAAAAAGUCCGGCAAGGAGCUGGUGGUCCUUCGAACCCUACUACCAAUGGUAGUGCCCCACGUGACCUCUUUGACAUGAAGCCAUUUGAAGAUGCGCUUCGGGUCCCCCCACCUUCCCCUACACCACCAAUGGCUGAGCAGCUCCGGGCAGAGCCCUGGUUUCAUGGCAAGUUGAAUAGGAGGGAGGCAGAAGGGCAGCUGAGGCUCAAUGGGGACUUCCUUGUUCGGGAGAGUACGACCACUCCAGGCCAGUAUGUCCUUACUGGCCUACAGAGUGGCCAGCCCAAACAUUUGCUGCUUGUCGACCCUGAAGGUGUGGUUCGGACAAAGGAUCAUCGAUUCGAGAGCGUCAGUCAUCUCAUCAGCUACCACAUGGACAAUCACCUCCCUAUCAUCUCUGCAGGCAGCGAGCUAUGUCUUCAGCAGCCUGUGGAAAGGAAGCUGUAACUGACCUGAUUCUGUCUCCAACCUUGCUCCAGCUUCCAGGACACUCCCUUUCACUUUUCUGGUCUCAAAUCCAACAGUUUUCUGGGGGAAAAUGCUAUGGUUGAAGUACUCUGUGUGGUAUCUGUGAGUGGCCUGGAUCCUAGCAUUCAGGACCCUGAGGAGGGAUUAAUCCUUCUCCCCUACCAGAGUAUUAGAUUAGCCCCUAGAUGGGUCUGGGGAAGACCCCCUAAUGGGAGAAAGGAAUCUUAGGGAAAAUUCCAGUGGAAUAGGAUUUUUCUUCAAAGGGAUAUCAUUCUGUCCCUCCUCCAGUGUUUAAACCUCGUGCCUUUGACCAUGCGCCAGGUCAGAAUAAGUUUUAUGCAAAGUUUUCCUAUGGGCUAGAAAUGAUGAUACACUCUAUCUGCCCCCAGGAUUCCGUCCCUCAGCCCUCCCUUAGCUUGGUUCCCCCAUAAUGGGCUUGGGAGACCAGAGGCAGAUGUGGUUGCUUGCCCUUCCUCAAAGAGGAUGCUCAGUCCUUAAGAGUAUCUCCCAGAACCCCUGUUCCUGGCCAGGGGAAGGUGAAUGUCACAUCUCAACUCCUCCCCUCUGCCACAAACAAAGAGUGCCUCCUGGCCAGGGGGCCCCCUUCUCUAGGGGUCUGUAUAUACAUUUCGUAAACAUCCACCCCACCCCACUUCCAGCGUUUGCAUGCACAUCAUCCUACUCUACAGCCAAAGUGUAGCCCCUUGUAGCCUCUCCAACUCUUUUGGGUUGGACAGUGAAUCCAGUGUUUGGUUUGUCUAUACAGUCAACUCUCAAUUUUCUGCAUUAAUUUGAGGGGGUGAUGAUUAUCUAUAGCAGUGGAUAAUCCUCUAUAGUUUUUUAUUUAGUUGGGAAUGUUUUAGUUUUGGGCAGCAGAAUUAUUUCCUAAUUUUGUCUUGCUUGAGCAUAAAAGUUAUCUUUAUACAUAUAGCACCUUUUAAAAUUUUUUUCAAAGACCUUAAUCUAUUAUAUCGUUUUACCAUCAUGACAAGCCUAUGAAAUAAAUAGCAUAGGCAUUAUUAUCUCCAUUUUACAGGUGAAAAAAAUUGAUGCAGAGAGAAACUUAGGUGACUGUUAAGGGCCACAUAGCUAGCAAAAGGCCAGGACUAAAAGCCAGACUUCCUCCUAGCCUAGAAAAAAGGCUGGAAUUUAACUUUGCUGCAGAUAAGCCUCAGAAGGAAUCAUUCAAAUCUAUGUAUUGAGUACCUACUGCUAGGCAUAGUGAGGAAUACAGAAAAGGUAGAAGGAGUUGUAGAUAAUGGAGAGUUGACUGUAUCUUUUAUCUCCUUCUCUUCCAUUUCUCUCUCCUACCCUUAUUUUGUUUGAAUCUAUUCACGGGUCUCACUUAUAUACCAAAGGGAAAUGUCAUUAAAGAUCAUUAUUUCUUUUAUCAAA